AUGGCUGACAAACUCCGAGAACAACAGCUCUUCCAGCUCUCACAGUCCCGGUACCUCGGCGUGGGAAACCCAGAUACCACAAAACAAGAAUGGCAGACCAACGUAGCCCGUGACUCGUAUGCCUCGUACAUUGGCCAUCCCGGAGUUCUUUCACACAUGUCUCUGGCGCUUGGCCAAACCGAAGCUGAAACCCGAAUUCAGUUCCUCGACAAGCUGGCCAAGGUUGGAACACAACCGAAGCAUGAAAAUGGCGACAGAUGA